UUUACGGCUCCUGGAAGCAACGCCACCAUUCAGCCCUGGAGGCCAGAGCGCCACCGGGGGUUUCUUUUAUUCGUUUUCUUUUUCCUUUUUAUUAGUUUUUGAUCAGACGUUUGGCCCCCGAGCUGGUUUUGCUCCUCACAUGGGACAUUCCUGUCGGGCAGCCCCUCCCUGAAAGUCUCUCAUUGCGCAGACUCGCGGCUCUCCGCUGUCAGGGGAAGGCAGUCUGACAGUAUGGCGGCAGGGUGCAGCUGGAAGGAUGCUACUGUCGCCCGUGAUGUGUCGAUCGCCGGCAGGACGUAAAUGGACCAUUGACGGCAAAAAGCGCAGAGGAUUCAGCGAGAAAGGCCUGUCGCCGUGAGCUCCAAAGAUGGCCAGGCUCGCCGACUACUAUGUGGUUGUCGGCUACGACCUCGACAAGCGAGUGGAGGGUGAAGGUCAAGGUCGCAUUCUCCAGCGGUUUCCUGAGAAAGACUGGGAGGACAGCCCAUUCCCACAAGGCAUAGAGCUGUUCUGUCAGCCCAGCGGUUGGCAGCUGGUUCCUGAGCGGCAGCCUGCCUCCUUCUUUGUAGCGGUUUUGACUGACAUCAACUCGGAGCGUCACUACUGUGCCUGCUUCACCUUCUGGGAGGGCCUGGACAACCCGCAGCUGCAGAAGGCUGAGGCCAGCGAGGCGGAUGAGGUGGAUGAGGAGCUGGCUGUCGUCCAACCAGCUAAGGUCUUUGCCCCCAAGAGCCUGGUGCUGGUGUCCCGACUGGACUACACCGAGGUGUUCAGGAACUGCCUGGGUCUGAUCUACACCAUCCAUUUAGAUGGCCUGCCUGUCCCUUUGGAAACGGUGAUUGGAAAUCUCCUCACUUGUGUCAUCCCCAUCGCUGGAGGCUCCCAGAUAGAUGAGUCCCCAGGUUGUAGUUUAGACAAGGUUCCUCAGGCCCUGGCCUGUGACUGGCUGCUGGCCUGUCUCCAGAGGACUAUAACAUUAGGUGCUGGCGACCGGCAAGUCAUCCAGACGCCCAUCAGUGACUCGCUUCCUGUCAGCGGCAGCAGUGUUGCCCAGCUCUUCAGACAGCUUGGUAUAGUCAACGUGUUGUAUCUGUUCUGUGCUGCCCUGACGGAGCAUAAGAUCCUGUUUUUGUCCAGCAGCUACCAGAGACUAACGGACGCCUGCCGCGGACUGCUGGCCAUCAUGUUCCCCCUCAAAUACAGCUUCACCUACGUUCCCAUCCUACCGGGAAAACUACUAGAGGUCCUGAGCACUCCCACUCCUUUCAUCAUUGGUGUCAAUUCAUUCUUCCGCUCCGAGACACAAGAACUGCUGGAUGUGAUCAUCGCGGACCUGGACGGUGGCACGGUGACCAUCCCCGAGUGCGUCCACAUCUCGCUGCUGCCUGAGCCGCUCCUUCAGCAGACCCAGACUGUGCUCUCCAUGGUUUUGGAUCCAGAGCUGGAAGUUGCCGAUCAUGCCUUCCCACCGCUGUCCACGCAACCCUCCGCACUCAAGAUCCAGGAUAAGGAGAUCCGGGGAGUCUUCCUGUGGCUGUUCGCUCAGCUCUUCCAGGGCUAUCGCUGGUGUUUACACAUCAUUCGCAUUCACCCCGAACCAGUGAUCCGCUUCCACAAGGCCGCCUUCCUGGGCCAGAGGGCCCUGACAGAGGACGACUUCCUCAUGAAGGUGCUGGACGGCAUGGCGUUUGCAGGUUUCGUGUCAGAGAGGGGGCCUCCUUACAGAGCCACUGACCUAUUUGAUGACCUGGUAGCCAAUGAGGUGGAGCGGAUACGACAAGAGGAGGCCUGUCCACAGAAAGUCAUGAGCCAUGUCAAGGAGCUGGCUGAGCACUUCUUCAAAAACGAGAAUCCCUACCCCGCAGUGGCGAUGCACAAAGUCCAGCGACCGUCAGAAAACAGCCAGAACACAGCAAAGAAUCAGUUGCCCUUCCCAGUGCUGGACGAGGUUGCGGUGCAGCUCUUCAUCGACCACGCUGCCGCCAAGCUCAAGACUGCACCUCCCGUGGUCAAGGCGGAGCUCAAGGGCAUGGUGCCUUCCGGGCCCCCACUGGGAGACACUGUGGACAGAAAUGGCAACGUGAUGGCCAACAGCGCCCGCAGGCUGGAGGUGGUCAGGAACUGCAUCACGUACAUCUUUGAUAACAAGAUGCUGGAGGCAAAGAAGCUGAUGCCGGCUGUGUUGCGGGCAUUGAAAGGUCGGGCAGCCCGGAUUUGCUUGACCCAGGAGCUCAAUCAGCAUGUCCUACAGAACCGAGCCGUGCUGGAUGACCAGCAGUUUGACUACAUUGUCCGCAUGAUGAACUGCACCUUACAGGACUGUUCACAUAUGGAUGAGCACGGCAUUGCAGCUGCCCUGCUCCCGCUGGUCACAGCCUUCUGCAGAAAACUAGGCGCGGGCAUCACUCAGUUUGCCUACAGCUGUGUACAGGAGCACAUGCUAUGGACCAACAUGCAGUUCUGGGAGGCCAUGUUCUACAGUGACGUCCAGAACCACAUCAGGGCUCUGUACCUGGAGACGGAGGACGGAGAGCAGCAGAAAAACCACGAACAGCAGGACGGGUCAGGUGGUGGAAGGGAAAUCAGCGCCCUGGAGCUGGCGUCGGAGCAGAACAGACUGUGGCCGACGCUCAGCAAGGAAAUGCAGACAGAGCGCGUGCAGAAGGAGGAGAGUACGGUGUUCAGCCAGGCCAUCCACUACGCCAACAGGAUGAGCUACCUGCUGCUGCCGCUGGACACCAGCAAGAACCGCCUGCUCCGAAGCUCAGGCCUCGGGGACGUGGAGAGUGUGAGCAACAGCUACGUCACAAACAGUAUUGCAGGCAGCAUGGCGGAGAGCUACGACACAGAGAGCGGCUUCGAAGAUGCCGAGAGUUCGGACGUGGCCAACUCUGUGGUGCGCUUCAUUAACCGCUUCGUGGACAAAGUGUGCAACGAGAGCGGCGUCACCAACGAGCACCUCAAGGCUCUUCACAUCAUGAUUCCAGACAUUGUUCAGAUGCACAUUGAGACGUUAGACGCAGUCCACAGGGAGAGUAAGAGACUGCCUCCGAUCCAAAAGCCCAAGCUGCUGAGGCCGACUCUGUUGCCGGGUGAGGAGCUGGUGAUGGACGGCAUGCGGGUCCACCUGAUUCCCGAUGGCCGCGAGGAGGCCACGGGGCUGAUGGGAGGUCCGCCUCUGCUCCCCGCCGAGGGGGCCAUCUUCCUCACCACCUACCGACUCAUCUUCAAGGGCACGCCUACAGACCCGCUGGUGGGUGAGCAGGUGGUCACUCGCUCCUUCCCCAUAGCCUCUCUGACCAAGGAGAAGAGGAUCUCAGUCACUUUACCCAUGGAUCAGUUUGUCCAGGAGGGGCUGCAGCUACGGUCCUGCACCUUCCAGCUAAUGAAGAUCGCGUUUGACGAGGAGGUUGCGUCAGAUCUGGCUGAGGUGUUCAGGAAGCACAUGCACAAGCUGCGUUAUCCACAGCACGUCCAGGGCACCUUCGCCUUCACUGUGGGUCAGGGGGGCAAGAUGGUGGUGGAGCACAAGACAAAGGACAAGAAUCAGUCCCUCAAGACACUUUCCAAGAACCUGGUGAAGAGUGCCAAAAGGACCAUUGGUCGGCAGUAUGUGACCAGGAAGAAGUAUUCUCCCCCCACCUGGGAGAACAGGAGCAGCUUGCAGUCAGAGCUAGAUGAGGAUGAAAUCUCAGUCUCAGAGGAGGUGGACCAGAGCUCCCUCACCCUCUCCUCCACCAUCCGCUCAUCGGACAGACAGACCAUGAGCAAUGUGGUGGAGCGAGCCUGUUGUCGCGACUACCAGCGCCUGGGUCUGGGCACGCUCAGUAACAGCCUGACACGUUCCAAGAACGAGCCCUUCCGGAUUUCCACCGUUAACCGCAUGUACACCGUCUGCAGGAGCUACCCCGGCCUGCUGAUAGUGCCUCAGAGCAUCCCCGACACGACCAUCCAGAGAAUCUGCCGCUGCUACCGACAGAACCGCUUCCCCGUGGUCUGCUGGAGGAAUUCAAGAACCAAGGCCGUCCUGCUGCGCUCUGCGGGCCUCCACGCCAAGGGUGUCGUGGGCUUCUUCAAGUCCCCCAACGCCCCCAGUGCAGUGCCCUCCCAGGCAGACUCCACCAGUCUGGAGCAGGAGAAAUACCUGCAGGCCAUCAUCAGCUCCAUGCCCUCGUACAGUGAGAGCAGCGGCAGGAACACGCUCAGCGGCUUCACCUCCACGCACAUGAGCACCUCCGACUCAUCGGAUAAGCUGAGGCAGCCCAAGAUCGGCGCCCUGAUGAAACAGGUGAUGGGCACCAAGGAGGACGUUCCCGGAACCUUCAGCAGAGGAGCUCUGGGUCAAAGGGCGAAAGUCAUCUCCCUCUCUCAGCCCAAAGUGUCUGGCAAGGCCAGGAACCCUCAUAGAGGUAAAUGGGGCAGUAUCCGAGGCACCGGGCGUCUAAGUGCCUACAACCCAGACGUGGGGACGCGUCUGGCCGGAAAAGAGUCUCCGCAACCCAACGGAGGGCCAAGCGAGGCGUUGUUCCUCCGCCAGCAGAAGGCCUACCUCUACAUCAUUGGAGACAAGGCCCAGCUCAAGGGAGGGAAGCAGGACUCUUUCCAGCAGUGGGAGGUGGUUCCCAUCGAGGUUUGUGACGUGCGGCAGGUGAAGAACAGCUUCAAAAAGCUGAUGAAGGCCUGCGUGCCGAGCUCCCAAAUCUCUGACCCCAACAUGAGCUUCCUGCGCUGCCUGGAAGAGUCUGAGUGGAUGUCUCUGCUGCACAAGGUGCUGCAGGUAUCUGCCCUGGUGGUGGAGCUUCUGGAUACGGGCUCCUCAGUCAUGGUCAGCCUGGAGGACGGCUGGGACGUCACCACACAGGUGGUGUCCCUGGUGCAGCUGCUGUCUGAUCCCUACUACAGAACCUUUGACGGCUUCCGGCUGCUGGUGGAGAAAGAGUGGCUGUCCUUUGGCCACAGGUUCAGCCACCGCGGAGCGCAGACGCUGGGCAGCCAGAGCAGCGGCUUCACCCCGGUCUUCCUGCAGUUCCUCGACUGCGUGCACCAGAUCCACCUCCAGUUCCCCAUGGAGUUUGAGUUCAGUCAGUACUACCUGAAGUUCCUGGCCUACCACUACGUGUCCAACCGCUUCCGCACCUUCCUGCUCGACUCUGACUACGAACGCAUCGAGCUGGGUGUGCUUUAUGAGGAGAAAGGUGAGAGGAAAAGUCCUCAGGUGUGUAAGUCUGUGUGGGACUACAUCGACAGACUCAACAAGAAAACACCCAUCUUCUACAACUACAUGUUCUCUCCUGAAGAUGAGGAGGUGCUGCGGCCGUACACCUUCAUCUCCAACCUGAAGGUGUGGGACUUCUACAUGGAGGAGACUCUGUCAGAGGGGCCGUCCUACGACUGGGAGGUGAGGGGCCGGCAGGAGCGCGCGGCGGAGGAGACGCCGGAGAAACCCGACACCGGCGGGCCCAAGUCGCAGCGGCGCAUCGUGUGGCCGUGUUACGACAGCCUGAGCAAGACGGUGCCCGACGCCAUCACCAAGCUGCUGCAGGACCUGCAGAGUCUGGAGGCCGAGCUCGGUCAGACGUCAGAGAAGUGGAAGGAGACGUGGGAUAAAAUCAAGACCACGCAGAGAACUGAGACCAAACUGGAGAGCAAGCCAUCGUUCUCCAGCUCCCUGCUGAUGUCGUCCAACCUGAGCCACCAGCGGCGUUCUCAGGGCGUCUACCUGCAGGAGAGCGGCGUGGGAUCCUCCAUCAACCUGGCUCUGGACUGUGAGGCCAGCGCCACCUCCACGCCUGUCGCUGGUCGGCCCAGCACCAGCACCCUCUACAGCCAGUUCCAGAGCACCGAGAGCGAGAACAGGAGUUUUGAAGGCAUCCUGUUCAAGAAAGGGGCAUUGUUGAAACCAUGGAAACCACGGUGGUUUGUACUGGACAAGACCAAACAUCAGCUGAGAUACUACGAGAGUAGGCAGGAUAAGGAGUGUAAAGGGGUGAUCGAGCUGGCUGACGUGGAGUCUGUCACUCCAGGAACACCUACCAUGGGAGCACCGAAAAACAUAGAGGAGAAAGCCUUCUUUGAUCUCAAGACGACCAAACGAGUGUAUAACUUCUGUGCCCAGGACAGCCUGAACGCACAGUUGUGGAUGGACAGUGUUCAGAGCUGCUUGUCGGACGCCUAGAGUGGAGGCUGGACUCUUUAAGGAGCAAUGCAACCAGGAACGGAUGAGCAGUGCUGCGGCAUCCGAUGGACGUCUCUGCCAGCCAAUCCCAGCGAGACGGGGAGGGGAAGGGGCCUUUCACCACUUAAGCUCUGUUCUGUUCGCUAGUGUUGAACUAAUAACUUUGCGUCACAAUGUUUCAGUGUUUUUGUUAUAAAAAAACAAGAAAAAGAAAAAAACAAAAAUGUCCCCGAAGAACCACUUGCCGUCGUCUCACCAAGUAGCUGUAGUUUCCCACCUCCCUGACAGUCUGACCACUAUGUGCGCUGGAUGUCCGUAUGCAAAAAAUAGUGCAUAUCAAAGCACGCUGUUGCAUUUUCGUGAGGCGUCCUGCAGCUUGGACCAGCAUGAAGACCUUUCCAGACCCUCCACCUUUAAACCACGACCCGUUCUCCUUGCUACUAACCCUGCUCGCCCUUGAAAACACUCCGGGAGGAAUGACGGAGCAGCAGCGGUCGCCCGUCACCCCAGCCACAUAGAGAACUCGUCAGACUGCUCUGGAGAAGUAUCUAAAAGGUUGACUGAUGGGUUGGCGGACCAAAAUAGCCCCGAGGGACAAACAGGUCCACGGCAAAGGCUCUUUCUUCCAGUCCUCAGAGGUCCCCUGCUCUCUUGGCCUCUCACUGCCUGAUGUAGCCCAUUCGCAGUAUAUUAAGAGGAAGGUUCGGAGAAGUGGACUGUGCUACUGCAGCUGCAAGGGAGAAAAGGGGGGGACCCCUCAACGGUUCAUGAAGGAUUUCCUUUUCGUUCUUUUCUAAAAUCUCAAAUUUGUACCAGAAAGAGAUAAAUGCUCAUCAACUGUGUUCAGCAGAUGACGACGAUAUACUGUGAAAGCCAUGAAUCAGUCGUAAAGAUCAAACCAGUGGAGCCAGUUGGAGAUUAGAAUCUGUCAGGUAUUGAGUGUCGGUGAACUUUCGCCGAGAGUGUUUACAAAGUAGACAAAACUUCCCUCACUAAGCUAAACUCCGCUCUGCUCUUCACCCACGCGUUUUUAAUCAACCACUAACAUUCAGAUUUUUAAGGGAUGCUGAAGGAAAAAGGCCGGAUUUAUUUUGUCGCGAUGUCUUCUGGAAGGAAGGAAAUUAGGAGGAAUACUAAAGAACAAAAUGACAUUAUGAGAGGUUUCAGAGAGACUACGUUUUUUAAGAUGGACACUGACCCAUUGUGCUCCAAGCGUUGUGUUCUGGCAGGAUGUUUGUUAAAGGAAAAUUGCCGUAUUUCUCAACCCAAGUCUUAUUGUCAUAAUUGUGUCCGUUGUUGUUUGUCGGUGUCAGAAAAGGCGAACAGCAGACAAGAGGGUAAUUUAUAUCGGGGAAAGCGGCUUGAGCUUUCGGAUACUUUUUCAUUUAAAUGCAGAAAUCUUUUCCAACUCGUCUCCAAGUCUGACCGAAAGUAAACGCAGAAAUGAGCCUCCAGGAUUAGCGGGUAUAGCUAGCUGCAAGCUGCUGCGCCGGGGCACCCAGCUGGCUUAGCAAAGUAUCUGCCUGGUUAGCCAGCGAGAGUACUACCUAUUCCCCUGCAGAAAUACCAAACAUCUAUGGCUUAUCAUUCUACCUCAGCAGAGGUCAGUAGAUUUCGCCAGACUGUUCCGAAAGGCUUUGAUUGUUUUCUUGACGGCAGUAACGGAUACAAACCAGCUCAUUUGCCACCGCUUCUCUAGCUUGUACGGACACUAAAUCGGCAGCGACCCAUAGCCUCACACCUGUACACAAACUGGCAGCUGGUUUGGUUGGCCGUGUGGUGGCCCCAGAGGUAGAGCACUACGCAGUUAGCUACAGUAGCUAUUGCAGGGGGCGAAUUUCAGUGUUUGCGUUUGUCUGGACUUGGAGACAAGCAUUCGAAAUGAUUUCUGCAAAAUGCCUCUGGAAAGCUUUAGGGGGUUAGCACAGCUGCUUGCCCUGGACACAUCAUUAUCUGUGUCAUUAUCCCUAGAAAAGACGUUUCCUGAAUUUCUACAAAAGGUCAACAUGACUCCUAGUUACGAUGGACACAGGUUGGAAAAUCCCACAAUUUCCCUCUAAUAGCGCUGCGACAGGGAAAGCCAGGUUGCAUCACAUUCGCUUGUCCUCGGUGUCUCAGAUGUGAAUCUGAUGCAGUGCAGACUCACCAUCACCGGUCCACUUGUGUCAAACACCAGUGUCACCCCCCAGCGCUGAAACUUGUACAUAGAUGAGUUUACAUCUGUUAGAGUUGUGGAGAAACAGUAUGUUUGGCUGGAAGGUUUCAAACAUCAAGUCACUUUUUUUUAAUCGUUUGUCAGACUGCCCCCCCCCCCCACAUUCACCCUUCUCCUCCACACACAGAAACCACUCAAGACCCCCACUUGUUAACACGAACCCUGCUAUGUAAAAAAUGGUUCUACUGCUGUCUUGUUGACAUAAAAUUUGAAAUUGUAGAUUUUUUUUGUUUAAUAACUCCUCUGUAUAUACUCCAGAUUUGUAUGUAACGUUUAUGGUAGUAAUUUAUUUAACUUGUCUCCUCAGUAAGAAAGUUCCUCAAGCACCACUUUAUUUUUAAAUUAGGAAUUCAAUGUGCCAUUUGUUUAUUUCUGUAUUAAUGUGACUAAUGGGUUUUAUUUUUCCUUUUUUUUUUUUUGAGAAAAUGUAAAAGUAAACCCCUCAAUGUAUUCUUUUCUUUUUUGUAAACACGUUGUCCUUAUUCCAUACCAACCGUUGAUGCAUGAGUGGAAAUGGUGUGUUAGUGGAAGAGUAAGCCUCUGGGGUGGUUUUUAAAAGGCUGGUUGGAUUUUACUAUGUUGGUCACCCACAGUAGUGGGAUUGCUGGAUGUAGAUUACAGUCAAAUAAAUCUGAACGGACAAAAGUCUUACUGGUGCUGGGUUCUGCUGACUGGCCUGCUGUUAUCUUAAGACUCCUUUUGGGCUAAUUGGUCUGUGACAAGAUGGGACACUGCAACGAGUCAAGCUGCCUAAGUGAAGUGUAUGUCAGGUGAAGUCAAAAAUGGUUCCAGGUAUAAAUCAAAGAUGCCAAAAGUGCAGGAAUAUUCAUUUGGUUUUGUAAGUUUUUGGUAACACAAUGGCCUCAACAAAGUCAGAACGUUAAGAGUCAUUUAAAAGCAGGCAGAAAAGCAGUGUUUCAGUGCCCUUGGUUGAAAGUUUGAAGUCCGUCGCCCCCCUGGCCCCACCCGACGGGAUGUCACGGUGUAGCGACACACCCAGGAGUACACUUCCACAUCACGGUAGAACUCUGAGGAGUCGAGCUGCAACUAGCAGUUACUCUCUCAAUUAAUCCAUCAGUUCGGUCUGUAAAAUGUCCGAAAACAAUGAAAAAGGCAAAUCAUCACUUUCCAGACUCCAAAGUGACGUCUGCAAAUGUCUUGUUUUUUCCAACCAACAGUCCACAAUUCACAGAUACUCAGUAAAAUUACAAGAACAAGCAAAUAUUCAAAUUGAAGAAACUUGAACUGGAUCAUUUUUGCUUGAAAAUUAGUUAAAUGGUUAUAAUUGACCGGCCAAAGAUGAGCGUCAUUUUCCGCUGGUGUUCCAGUUGCUUUGCUCUUGAAGCUCAGUGGAAAGUCCCAAUAUGCUGCUGCAUCUGUUCCUGGGAGUAAUUUAUCCAAAUUUUAACCAUUCCCAUUCAUAACACCACUCUACAUGAUUACGAGUGGUUAAUGUUCCAGUCACCAUCUCAUGAUAGCGCCUGCCUGAUCUGCUGUAUUGAUAAGCGUGACGAUAAUGUUGAAGUAUCUGUGCGGCAUCGUGCGCCGAUUGACAGAAUCGCUGCUGUUGGUUCCUCAGUGUCCACAAACAGAUUCCUGGAGGUCUGGUGACCAAAAAGACUGAGGUCCACGACACCCCGGUGAUACAUCAGUUUCAGGUGACCCUGUGCAUCUUAACGUAAUCUUCUCCUGAGGAGCAGAGGGACCAAAGUAACAGCAGGAGUCACUGCAGCGGCCAGAGCCCGCCUGCGUGAAGAUGGCGUUUCCUCCUGUUUUGACUGUAGUGUACAUCCAGUCAGACCCAGCUCAUCUUCUCACUCUAGUUUACUCAUCUCUCUGUGGUAACUCUACAACAGUCAACAGCUAAAUUAACCACAGCAAUAUGACAUAAUCCUUUCUAUUUAUUUUGUUAUUGUUUUUUUUUUUUUUUUAAAUUAGAAAUGACAUUCUGAGCCGGGUUAUGUUGUCAAUCAUGUCAGUAUAGUUUUUAGAAUCCAAAUAAAAACCGUGGGUUUAAAUGUUCAUCUGUGUUGUCUGUGUUUAUGUUGACUUAUUUCAACAGGUUUCACCUCGGACAGAGCGGCACUGACCUCUUCAAUUUGCUAGAUUGUUUAUAAACUAGCAGCUAUUGUUGAGUGGUAUAUAUUGUGCUAUUCCUUCAUAAAACAGAGAGAGGUUCAGAAAGAAGGUGAAAAUAUGACAGAAUAUAAUGUCCCUGUGAUGUAGCUGGAGGAUUCCCACACGAUUUAGCUGGUUUUAAAGGACCAUACCGCUGUUGUGCAUGCCAUGACUUACAUUGUGUAUACUCCACAUUAUGGCUGAGCAUUGUUAAAAUGAUAAAGUCUUUAGGGUUCUUAAUCAUUAUUCAGACAGACAUUUCCUUUUUUUUAAUAUUUAGGUUGUUAUUUGUAUUUUUUAAUAUGCUAUAA